AUGGCGGUUGGCAAGAAUAAGCGUAUCUCCAAGGGCAAGAAGGGAGGCAAGAAGAAGACCGUGGAUCCGUUCAGCAAAAAGGAUUGGUAUGAUAUCAAGGCUCCGUCGGUCUUCAGCGUGCGCAACAUCGGCAAGACCCUGGUCUCCAGGACACAGGGCACCAAGAUUGCCUCUGAGGGUUUAAAGCACAGAGUAUUUGAGGUCUCCUUGGCUGAUCUUCAGAGUGAUGAAGACCAGGCGUACAGGAAGAUCAGACUUCGUGCAGAGGAUGUACAAGGGAGAAAUGUUCUCACAAACUUCUGGGGUAUGUCCUUUACAACGGACAAGCUCCGUUCGCUGGUUAAAAAGUGGCAGACACUUAUCGAGGCUCAUGUCGAUGUCAAGACCACUGAUAAUUACAUGCUGCGGCUUUUCUGCAUUGGGUUCACCAAGAGGCGGCCCAAUCAAGUGAAGCGCACUAGCUAUGCUCAGGCAAGCCAAAUCAGACAGAUUCGUCGGAAGAUGACCGAAAUCAUGAGCAACCAAGCUUCAACUUGUGAUCUGAAAGAGCUCGUGUCCAAGUUCAUCCCUGAGGUCAUUGGAAAGGAAAUCGAGAAAGCCACCUCUAGCAUAUUCCCCUUGCAAAAUGUCUUCAUCCGCAAGGUGAAGAUCCUGAAAGCACCAAAGUUCGACAUUGGAAAGCUCAUGGAGGUCCAUGGUGACUAUGCCAAGGAGGAUGUUGGUGUCAAGAUGGACAGGCCUGCUGAAGGUGACGAGGCAAUGGGAGGACAGGAGAUGUCUAGUAGCUCCAACGGCCAUUAUCCUGCUAAUGGUGCAAAGGUUCUUCAUAGAAAAGAAAAGAAUAAAGAGAAAGUACAGCUCGACAAAAAUGCAGCCUCUUCGGCCUGCCAGAAGGACAGGUAUUAUAUUGAGAAAUUAGAAACAGAAUUGAUGAGCUGCUAUCAGGAAAUUGACUAUUUGCAGGAUCAGUUAAAUAUACGGAGCAUUGAAGCAAACAUCAUGGGGGAGCAUAUUCACAGUCUUGAACUGAAGCUGACUGAACUUGAAAAGUUCCCAGAAAGAGUGAGAGUGAUGGACAAUGAGCUGAUACGAUCUGAUUCUCAGUGCUGGCUUCUGAUGGAAGAAGUCAGAUGUAAAGAAGAGGAGUUGCAGAAGGCAGCCGCACAGAUAGAGAAGCUUGAAAGUACAUUUUUAGAUUCACAAUGCGAAAUUGAGAGCUUGAAACUUGAUUUGAGUAAUCUUGAGCAGAGACUACUUGAUACCGAAAGCUUUACCCAACAUGCUGCUGAGCACAAAGCUCAAAUUGACAAAUUACUGGGAGAACAUGAGCUCCAGCUACACGAGGCACAGAGAACUAUUGAUCAACUUGUACUGGAGAAUAAGCAACUGAUAGAGCUAUUGCCUGUAAGAGCUCCUAAACAAUCCCCUUCUGGAUCUGGGCAGCAAGUUGACAAAACAUUGGAGAACGGUGUUCAUGCAGAAUGUGAAAGUGGUGAUGUAAUUCUUGAAAAGAUGGCAAAACGAAAUGAAGAAUCUGAACUUCUAAUUGAGCAGCUCAAGGAAGAGCUUCGAGAACAAAAGUUAAAGGCAAAAGAGGAUGCGGAAGAUCUCACCCAAGAAAUGGCUGAACUAAGGUACCAGAUAACAGGCAUGCUUGAGGAAGAAUACAAGCGUCGAUCUUGCAUUGAGCAGGCAGCUAUUCAACAUAUUCAGGAGCUGGAGACUCAGGUCUCCAAAGAGAAGACAAAGUUGAGUGGGGCACUUAGGCGAUUGCAGGAAUCACAUGAACUAGCUCACACACAAGCUAUGGAGAUUAAGAAGUUGAAGGCUGCUUUGGAGAGAUUUAACUCCAUGACGAACCUGGGCACAGCUUGCAAAUCUUGCUCUUGCGGGUUCUCUGCAAUGUUGAUAGAAUUGUCUAAUUGCUCGAUCGAAGGACCGUCAGGCGGUGCCAGACCCCCCAGUUCCAACCACAUCGAUGAGAAGUCACAGAACCGAGCUCUAAUAGAGUGGCGUCCUGGUGAAGCUUCAGAUGGUGACGGCGGGUAG